AACUAAAGUCGUUAUUUACAGCAAAUUUCUCUUUUCAAUUUUCCUCCUGUGCUUGCGGUUGCCGUGUCUGUUAACUGUCUACAGCCUCUCCUUUCUCCCUCUCCAUCUCUUUCUCUCUCCUCUGCUUCUGUCAUCGUCAUCGAUCUGCUCUCUCCUCCCAAAACGCUCCGUUUCUACUCGUUCUCUGGUUUGCUUCGCUCUCCACGAACCUCCUAGUUCUCCAAGAUCACAUUUAUCUCUCAGUUUAUGUAGUUUUUCUCUUUAUUUUUAAGCUUUUUCUGUGUACUGUCACUGUGUUUAUUUUUGUUUAUGUACUUGAAUAUGAACAGAGCUAGAGAUAUGUACAGAGAUAUACGUGUGUUGUAGUGUGUGUAUAGAUUUGAGAAGCAGAGGUUUUGUUUCCGUUGAGAGUUGACCCGGGCCGACGAGUGCUCGGGGAAGAAGGUUAGAUCCGUAUGGACAUGGAAACUAAUUGGACCAUCGGGAAACCCGACCCGAAUUCAAGCUACUUGCAGAAAUUCCGACUCUACGAGACUCGCUCGAAUUUUUAUAUUAUAGGAAGAGACAAGAACAGAACCUUUUGGAGGGUUUUAAAGAUUGACCGUUUAGAACCAUCUGAACUGUAUAUUCUUGAAGAUUCUACAACCUACUCAGAAAGUGAAUGCUGUGACCUCCUAAGGCGAAUACAUGAAGGGAAUAAAUCAACUGGUGGACUUAAAUUUGUAACUACUUGCUAUGGAAUAGUUGGUUUCAUUAAAUUUUUGGGACCUUAUUACAUGUUGCUGAUAACAAAAAGAAGGAAAAUUGGUGCAAUUUGUGGCCAUACGAUAUAUGCCAUCACCAAGAGCGAGAUGAUUCCUAUUCCAAAUUCUUCUAUGCGGUCCAAUAUGACUAAUUCUAAAAACGAGAACAGAUACAAGAAGCUCCUAUGCACAGUGGAUCUUACAAGGGACUUCUUUUUCAGCUACUCAUAUCAUGUCAUGCAUUGUCUUCAAAAGAAUUUAUGUAACGAGGCAGGGCAAGCUCACCAUGAAACAAUGUUUGUUUGGAAUGAAUUCUUAACUCGAGGAAUCCGGAAUAACCUCAAGAAUACUCUAUGGACAGUGGCAUUAGUAUAUGGCUUCUUUAAACAGGUCAAACUCUCAGCAUCUGGUAGGGACUUUAAGUUGACUCUAAUUGCCAGACGAUCAAGGCAUUAUGCUGGCACAAGAUAUUUGAAACGUGGUGUGAAUGAGAAGGGUAGAGUGGCUAAUGAUGUUGAGACAGAACAAAUAGUGUUUGAAGAUGUUCCUGAGGGAUAUCCAGUGCAAAUAAGUUCUGUUGUGCAGGAUCGGGGUUCAAUUCCACUUUUCUGGUCCCAGGAAACUUCACGAUUGAAUAUUAAACCUGACAUUAUAUUAUCGAAGAAGGACCAAAAUUAUGAGGCAACAAAGCUUCAUUUUGAAAAUCUUGUAAAGAGAUAUGGAAAUCCAAUAAUUAUUUUGAAUUUAAUAAAGACACAUGAAAAGAAGCCUCGAGAAAGUAUACUACGUUCAGAGUUUGCUAAUGCUAUCAGAUAUAUAAAUAAAGGCUUAUCUGAGGAUAAGCGCCUAAGGUUCCUCCACUGGGAUUUGCAUAGACAUUCCAGAAAAGCUACCAAUGUAUUGUCACUUCUAGGGAAAGUGGCAGCAUAUGCAUUGAACUUGACUGGCUUCUUUUAUUGUCAAGUUACACCAAGUUUAAGACCCGUGGGGUUUUUGUAUUUGUCUCAGAAAAAUGAUGAUGAGUGCUUUCUCAAAAAUCCUUCCAAUGAAAAUGACUUGGGAAGGAAUUCGGACUCAGGAAUUGGCAAUGUUGAUUCUGAAGCAAAUGAAAAUCAGAGUGUCAAGGCCCCCAUGUUUCAAAAUGGGGUGCUAAGGACUAAUUGCAUAGACUGUUUAGAUCGCACAAAUGUUGCCCAAUAUGCCUAUGGUCUGGUGGCUCUUGGUCAUCAACUGCAUGCUCUUGGAUUUAUAGAAUCACCAAUUAUUGAUUCAGAUAAUCCAUUGGCGGAGGAUUUAAUGGGGAUUUAUGAGACAAUGGGUGACACACUUGCACUGCAGUAUGGUGGCUCUGCCGCACACAACAAGAUAUUUUCGGAAAGGAGAGGACAAUGGAAAGCUGCAACUCAGUCCCAAGAGUUCUUUAGAACUUUACAGCGAUAUUACAGCAAUGCAUACAUGGAUGCUGAGAAACAAGAUUCCAUUAACGUAUUCUUAGGUCACUUCCAGCCACAACAGGGAAAGCCAGCAUUAUGGGAAUUGGAUUCAGAUCAACAUCCCAAUGUUAGAGGGCAUGGUCCUGGUUUGGUUGAUGAGGGUGCUAGUUCAUUCAUUAAGAGAUCACUAUCAGAUGGCAAUCUUCUUUGUGAAAGUGACUUACUUGUAGCAGCUACCAAGGUUGGACAUAAUAAGACUUUUUCUAAGGAGCUAGUAGUUAACAAGGGUCUUUCAGAUUCAACUCCAGAGAUCUCCACCUGUGAAAGUGACAUAUCAUAUUCUAGGUAUACUCCCUCGAUGCCUCAUAGGCAGCUUUUUAAAGAUAUGGGAGAAGAUGAAUACUUUGAAAGUGAUCAUAUUUGCUAUGAUGAACAUGGGGAUGCAUGUAGCUGCUCAAAUUUUCUUGAUUUGGACUGGCUUUCUUCAUCAGGGAAUUCUUGUGAAGAAGAUCCUUUUGACAGGUCAAUUGCUGGCCUAUCAUCUGCUAGUGAGUCUGGAUCUAGCUUGAAGGGAAGAAAUCGAACUGGGAAUGACCUGUCUUCCGAAGACCUCAUGGGUGGAUUUUCAGAGCGGUUUGUGCACUGGGUAACACAUGGGGAGACACUUUUCCAAUAAGUAAACCUUGAGUUUGCGAUGAUAGUAAUUAUUCGAUCCAUUAUCUCUUUGAUCCCAUCCGAAGGAUGUGGAUUACAAAAACUGAGAAUAAAGAGCAGGAGAACAUCCUAUAGAUAACAGUACCGGCGUUUCAUGAAGCUAAUGUAUUUCUCAAGUGUUGCAACAGUUGCAGCAUUUGUUCAAUUGUGCGCCUCCUGAGUCCAGAAUGGUAUGAUCGAGUAAGCACAACGCAAGAACAUAGCUAAUUCAUUUGGAGCUCUCAGAUCCUCCAAUCUUUGUGGAAUAUACAUAUACACACUCCCUAGCUUAUAGUUUAGGUUAUAUUGUCAUCAGUGCCAACUCUUUUGUUUAUAAAUGCGCCCAUAAUUGACAGCUUCUUAAAUAGUCGAUGGCGACAACACCGUCAUCAAUUGAGGGAUAACCUCACAGUCGAUUAAUUCAUAUACAAAUAUUUAACUCUGGAGAAGGGAAAUCAUUCAACAA